GGGAAGUAGUGCUCACUGCCCCGCCUGUCCAGUUCAGCCCCUUCUCCCACAGGAAGCCAGGCCCUUGAACUUGAGAGGGGGACUGCAUCCCGGCUUGACUCACCUGAGCCCUGGCCGGGGCUGGGGCCUCUGGAAAGCUGACAGUCGAGCUUCUUGUGGUCCAUGAAAGCAGUGAUGGCCUCCAAAGGAAAGGUCUGCAGGCAGCGGCCGCAGAUGAGGAAACGGAACAGGGAGGCUGCUCGCCGCGCCACGGUGACCCGUCCAGGUCCCUCGUAGUGGAUCUGGGAGGGCUAAGAACCACCGGUCCCCCCGAAUCCACACCACCUUCCUCUCCGCACUGGGGGCCGGUGUUUCCCUGCAGGCAACCAGUCCAGGUGUGUGCUGAACACCAGACGCUUUCGAGGCCAUCUAGUCCCCGUGACAACCGUCAGCAGUCAGGACCAUGCAGACUCCGCCCACCAUUCCCGUGCCUGUGCUGCGGCUCCCCCGGGGCCCCGAUGGCUUGAGCCGAGGCUUUGCCCCAGACGCACGCAGGGCGCCCCCGAAGCCACAGGUUCCCGAAACCCCAGAGUCUCCUGUCCUUCAAGAAUCUCAGGAGUCCCGGGAACAGCAGGCCCGAGCCGCCCUUCGGGAGCGCUACCUCCGCAGCCUGCUGGCCAUGGUGGGUCGCCAGGUGAGCUUCACGCUGCACGAGGGUGUGCACGUGACCGCCAGCUUCGCAGCCACCGACCUGGACGUGGCCAACUUCUACGUGCUGCAGCUGCAGACGCCGAUAGGCGUGCAGGCCGAGGCGCUGCUGCGGUGUGGUGACAUAAUCGCCUACACCUUCAGGCCGUAAAGACACCACUGUGGUCGCCGUUCUGCUCAGGGCCUUGCCUCAGUAUCCCCGCCCUCCCCGUGUUCACGAGCCCAGAACCCUGCGCCCCAUGGAAUUUGGAACUCCCUUGGAACUUUGAGCCGCGCUCCAAGCAACUCUGGCUUCUUGGGACCUCCAGGGUCGGUAAAAUUCUGCAACCACAGACGUUCUAGAGCCUGGUGGAAAGGAAUGCUCGACCUCACAGGAAUCUAAACUCUAAAAUAGGGCCUCCGCCAGUUCCUGGAGACCGGGGGUUGGGGGUGGUUAAUAUAGGAAGGCACACUGCCGAGUGGGAAAUUGUUUAUUGAAGUUGCCAAGUUCGGCCACCCUGGAGAAAGUCCCCUCCUACUAAAGAACUAGUUAUUCCAGGAAAACUCACCUCCAGUUUUGUUUUGUUUCAAAUGUAUCACAUCGGGAUGGAACCAGGUUUAGAAAAUAGAAGGGUGACUAUUCUAGGGCUGAUCCUGGUGGUCCUCAAAGAGGAGGACACUUUAGGGGGCUGGGAGGAACUCGGGGAUGAAGGUGGGGAUUGGCUCCGUCCUUGCUCUCCGGUGGAGUGGCUCGGAACGGCGGGUUUGGGAGAAUCGGAGGCGAUUUCUUUCUCGGGUGGGCGGGGGUGUUCGCCGCGAGGGGCGUGCCUCGCCGUGGGUUACUAGGUCUCCCGGCCCUUGGACGGUAGGGGUCUCGCUCUAGGGAAGGCGGGUUCGCUUCCCCGCCCAUUCCGGAAGCGGUCGGACUCGGUGCGGCGGCACUAUUGAGGUCAGGCUGAGGACGUGGGGCUGGGGUGAAGCUUACCCCCUUUUCUCCAUUUCGCUCCAGCCGUCCAUUAUUCGCUUCACUUACACCCGCCACUAGUCGUUUUUCAGGUUUCGCUUUACAAAAGUAACUCCUGCCCCUUUUGUAGUCCCAUCAACUUUUGAAUGUAAGUGAAGAUCCCGUUAAGUACAGAUGAGAUUUGCUUUGUUCGUC